AUGUCUCCUUGGCUGAGAUUAUCUCCACUCUGCAGACAGUUUGUUCGACCUCUGUCUCAAAUUAAACGAGGUGUCAAUAAAACUGCCUUCUAUUACGCAAGCGCCAUGGGUGUUUUCAUGCUUGGUCUAGGAUAUGCUGGUGUUCCCCUAUAUCGUAUUUAUUGUGCCAAAACUGGUACUGGUUCAAAUACGGAGGGUGCUCGAUUCGAAGUCUCCGAUUUCAUCGCCCUUAUGAAGCCUGUUAAGGAACGUCGCGUCACAGUUGAAUUCUCCGCUGACACCUACUCUCACAUGGCCUGGAACUUCAAGCCCUCCCAAAGUAGUUUGGUCAUUGUACCAGGAGAAACAGCUCUGGCCUUCUACACGGCAAAAAAUCCAACCUCAAAGCCCAUAAUUGGAAUUGCAACGUACACAGUUCUGCCGACUGAAGCUGCGAAGUACUUCAACAAAAUUCAGUGCUUUUGUUUUGAAGAACAGCGAUUAAACCCUGGAGAGGAAGUUGACCUCCCGGUUUUCUUCUUUCUCGAUCCAGAAUUUGACGACGACCCCGAUUUGAUGAGGACAAAUAGGAUUACCCUCCAUUACACCUUCUUUGAAGCCAAGAAGGAAAAGUUGAUGGUACCGGGCAUCUCCAAACCUAUUAUAGAAGAUGUCGGCUGA